CUCUCUCUCUCUCUCUCUCACAGACACACAUACACACACACAUACACACACACACUCUUCUUCACACUCCCUCUCUGACGCCUUCUUCUUCUCAAUGGAGGCCAUGAGAAGAAAGCAGUUGGCUGGUCUAACCAAGGGCAGCUUGGAUAAGGGUGCCUCCACAAAGAAAGAGGAACUCAGCGCAGAAGGCAACGGAGAGGAGAGGCCAGAUGGAGACAAAGAGGUAGCAGCCAGACUGGCCUCUUCCCCUGCAGCAGAGGCAAUGCUAAACGGCACUGAAUGUGACGACACGAGGCACAAGAGCCCGGCGCACGGCUUUGUAACAGGAAACAACAAGACUUUACUGUUGGUAAACGAAAAUGGCACGUCAGACUCGGAGCCACCACACGGUUCAGUUACUGGAAGUAAUGGAUUCAUUCUCACUAAGCAGCAGCAGGAAAGCGGCUCUGCAGCAAUGUCAGGUUUGGGGGUUUCCCCUCAGAGGACUAACUGGUUGCCUUCGGGCUCACCAGCAGGGGGACCCUCGGCCAAACCCCUCCCUGCCUCAGCGUCUGGGUGUGCACAGAGUUUAGGUGCACUAAGGACUGACCCCAGCACAGGGACUACUUUGGGACAACGGACAGCAGACACUAAAAAUGGCACAGAGCCGCCUCCUGCGCCGCCUCCAACGACCAUCACGAUACACAGAGCACGAAAGACCAUGUCGAGACCUGCUGUGAGUCCAGCCCAAAAGCUUCUUAACAGGGAAUUAAGAGAAGCAAAGAGUGCCAAAAUGGAGAAAACGGAGACUCAUGUUGCACCUGAAGCUGAGAAAUCCUUGCAGCAGGCCUCCGCUCAGAACCACCUACCUCAGAGUCCGCCGGUUACGCCAGCUCCAGCACAAACGGCCUCAUCAGCUUCACCAGCGCCUCCGCCACCUGCUGCACCUCCAGCUCCAGCCAAACUCCAUUUAGGCUCUUACUCAGGAGGGUUGUCAUCCCGUAAGAAGAAGAGGAGGAUGGGAACGUACAGUCUGGUUCCCAAGAAGAAAACCAAAGUCCUUAAGCAGAAAACUGUUCUGGAAAUGUUUAAGGAAUUACAACGGUCUGCCAAGAGUCCACAGAUUAAAGAGGAAGCAAACAUAAAUGGGGAGAAGGUGGAAAAUGCAUCCGAGGAGGAGGAGUCGGAGGAGGCGGAGUCUGAGGAAGAGGACCGACAGCAGCCAGCAGAAGAACCUGCUAUCUGUGCUAUCCGGGAAGUAGCAUCAGAGCCCAUCUCUCAGGCUGGUGAUGAAGUCAGUUUUCUGUUGCCGGUGGAGGUGGGAGAGGAGCAGGAGUCUGAAGAGUCUGGAGAAGAAGAGGGAGAGGAGGAGGGCACAGAGUCCGAUUUGAGCACAGAGUCCAGUCUGAAGAAGAGGUUGAAAAAGAAAACAAAAGCAGACAGCGCGUGGCUCCGACCGUCCAGAAAACGAAAGAGGAGGAUAAAGGCCAAAGAACCUGAGGUCACGGAUCAGCCUCAGGCUUCAGCUCCUACCCAAGCGGGCAAUGGGAAAGAGUACACACAGAUUCCCUCACAUGAGUCUGUCAACCUCAAUAAGCCCCAGGAGCUGGCAGCUCCCUCACAGAACAAAGAACCUUUGGGGUCAGCCAUCGAGGAGGCUCAGGAGCUUCCUUUGUGCAGCUGCCGCAUGGAGACGCCCAAGAGUCGAGAGAUUCUCAUCCUGGCAGACAGGAAGUGCAUGGCCACGGAGAGCGUGGAUGGACAGCUGACUCGCUGCCAGGGUGCCAUACUGAAACAUGAAAUGAUGCGUCCCUCCAACUCCGUUCAGCUGCUGGUUCUGUGUGAGGACCACCGCAAUGGCAUGGUGAAGCACCAGUGCUGCCCCGGCUGUGGCUUCUUCUGCAGGGCCGGGACCUUCAUGGAGUGCCAACCAGAUAUCAACAUCUCUCACCGUUUCCAUCGUGCUUGUGCCUCGGUGCUGAAAGGUCAAAGCUUCUGUCCUCACUGUGGAGAGGAGGCCAGCAAGGCCAAGGAGGUCACCAUCGCCAAGGCCGAUACCACCUCCACCGUGCCCCCCGCGCUCGCACACGGUCCUGCUAUGGCCGGGGUCCCCGAGGGCCGAGCUGACACCACCACUGGCAGCUCUUCUCGAUUGGCUGUGGGGGCUGAAGUCAGCGGCAGGGCCGACAGCUCGUUGCCCAUUCGUUCUGCACACGGUCUCGACGCCUCUGCUGUUCCUGGGUCGUCCAGGACUGCAAUGCUGCAGGCCAGAAUGGGAACAACAGAGCCUCCUACGGUCCCUCAGGGAGCACCUAGAGAGACUCUGGAGAGCAUCCUGGUAGCUCUGGACACAGAGAAGCCCAAGAAGCUGCGUUUUCACCCCAAACAACUUUACCUCUCAGCCAAACAAGGAGAACUCAAGAAAGUCCUGCAGAUGUUGGUGGACGGCAUCGACCCAAAUUUUAAGAUGGAAUCUCAGAACAAACGCACUCCACUUCACGCUGCAGCUGAGGGAGGACACAAAGACAUCUGCCACAUGCUCGUACAAGCCGGUGCAAACUUGGACACAUGUGACGAAGAUCACAGAACGCCACUGAUGGAGGCCUGUGAGAACAACCACAUGGAGACGGUCUUGUACCUGCUGAGAGCUGGAGCCAGUGCUACGCACAAGGAUGUUGAAGGCUUCACAUGUCUCCACCUAGCGGCAAAGUCUGGUCAUUACAAGGUUGUUGAGUAUCUCCUGUCCACGGGAUUGAUCAACAUAGACUGCCAGGAUGAUGGAGGUUGGACAGCAAUGAUCUGGGCGACGGAGUACAAACACGUGGACCAGGUGAAGCUGCUUCUGUCCAAAGGAGCCGACAUCAGCGUCAGGGACAAGGAAGAGAACAUCUGCCUUCACUGGGCAGCGUUCUCGGGCAGUGUGGACAUCGCCGAGCUGCUCCUGAAUGCCCACUGUGAUCUGCAGGCGGUCAACAUCCACGGAGAUUCUCCUCUACACAUCGCUGCCCGGGAGAAUCGUCUGGACUGCGUCACGCUUUUCCUGACUCGAGGAGCAGAUGUUUUUCUGAAGAACCGCGAGGGAGAAACUCCUCCAGACUGCUGCAGCCACAAUUCAAAGGCCUGGGCGGCCCUGCAGGCCAACAAGAGGGAGAGGGAUGCCAAGAACCUCAGGACCACUGCAGAGCAAAAACUCCUUCACAGGGACAUAGCUCUGGGGCAGGAGAGAGUUCCCAUUCCCUGUGUCAACGCUGUUGACAGUGAACCGUUCCCAGAUGGCUACAAAUACAUCUCGGAAAACUGUGUCACCUCCCCCAUGAACAUCGACAGGAACAUAACACACCUGCAGUACUGUGUUUGUAAGGAAGACUGUUCGUCAAGUAUCUGCAUGUGUGGACAGCUCAGUCUGCGCUGCUGGUACGACAAGAGGGGUCGUCUUCUACCUGAAUUCUGCCGUGAGGAGCCUCCGCUCAUCUUUGAGUGUAACCAUGCAUGCUCCUGUUGGAGGACCUGCAAGAACCGCGUAGUGCAAAACGGACUCAGGACCAAGCUUCAGCUCUUCAGGACCAGUAAGAAGGGUUGGGGUGUCCGUGCACUGCAGGACAUACCACAGGGGACCUACGUAUGCGAGUACGUAGGUGAGAUCAUCUCUGAGGCAGAAGCAGAGAUGAGGCAGAACGACGCUUACCUGUUCAGCCUGGACGAUAAGCCACAAGAUCUGUACUGCAUCGAUGCCCGUUUCUAUGGAAACGUCAGCCGCUUCCUCAAUCACAUGUGCGAGCCCAACCUGUUUGCCUGUCGAGUGUUCACAACCCACCAGGACCUUCGUUUCCCACACAUCGCCUUCUUUGCCAGUGAAAACAUCAGGGCUGGAGAGGAACUCGGAUUUGACUACGGCGACCACUUCUGGGAAGUCAAAAGCAAGCUGUUCAGCUGCGAAUGCGGCUCUUCCAAGUGCAAGUACUCGUCGGCAGCCAUGGCGUCGCUGCAGGCGGACAGCACUCCGGAGGACCAGCAGCAGCCCAGCGCGUCACCCGACACCAGCUCUUCCAACAGUCCCUCCAGUCCUUCCUAAAACCAUCCUCACACUAAGCUUCGCUACGUGCACACGAGAGACGCACACAUAAGGACGCCGGUCUCCAUCGUCUCCUGAACUUUCAUCAGAGAACCUCUACUUGUACUAUAUCCCCACUUCUCAAACUCAAACCACGGACCAUCAAACUUCGUGAGAACCUGUAAAAUGUCACACAUAAGCAAAUGCACAAGUGAAUCCUGGAAGAACUCACCGCCCCUUCACUCUAGCUCGUGUAACAGGGUGAACAGCAGGGGGCAGCGACAGUACGCACAGCAAAGGUCACAGGGACAAUUACAUUUCAUAUAUAACUUUACUGGGAAGGACAACUGCGCUUUUUCUUUUUGUUGUUGUUUUUUCUUAAGACUUGUUGAUAUUGUUAAAUGGCUCUUCAAGAGUCAUAAUCCAAGAAUUCUGGGGGUUGGGGAUGAGGGCAUCGUUGUCUUUUGCAAAGACAACCUCAGCUUACAGCUGGGUUUAACUUGUUUGACCUCUGUGGUCAUUUAUCAUCAACCAUUCCAGCAAGAUUAGCUGAUAAAUAUUGAAUUAUGUUGCCACUUCUUUGUGUCACUUCAUGCUUUGUUACAGUGUUUGAACAGACAUGUCCAACAUUUGCCACCAUAGUUUGUGAAUGAAUUCACUGAAAUGAUAUGAAAGACAAAGAAAUGGUGCGAAGAAUUGGACUUUUUAGAUCUGACACAAAGACGCUGUACCAUUCCUCUAAAACGAGGUGUUUCUAGUCUGACUAAAUUGGAUGAUGUUUUUAUUACGCAUGCUCAAGGCGAUCUUAAUGUGUCAGAGUUGUUGUAGAAUUGAUUAAAUCAAAAUUGAGAUAAAAAACAAAGGAGAAAAUGGUGCUGACAAAGGUUUUUACUUUUGUUUUCUUUUUUUUUUAUUACCGAAGUGAACAUAGUUUGUAAAAUAAGAGAAUGUUUUAAGUUUUUUAUGUUUAAUUUUAACUCCAGUUUUCUAAUCGUAGUUACUGUAGUUAGGCUGUUUUUAAUUUUGUUUCAUGAUUUUGCCGACAGAAGCCAACCCGUCUUUUUAAAUGUUGUUAGUAAAGCAGUGACUGUUGUGCAAAGUCUUGAAAGGUAUAAAUGAAAAAAAGGUUAUAAAAAUGCACUUCCAUAACGUUCUGUUACAUAUUUCUGGAUCGUGAACCAUCCAUCUAAUUGGUUGUAUGUUUUUCAAUAAAUUUACUACUAUUGCAUUUA